AUGUCGUCAACGUCCAAACCAUGGGCGUUAAUCGUCGGGGCGGGCCCGUCAGGUCUCCUUCUAGGCCUGAUGCUCGCAAAGAAAGGCAUCCCCGUCCACCUCAUCGACAUGUCCGUCAAACUGGACGAACAACCGCGCGCAACGCACUAUGGGUCCCCAGCGAUGUACGAGCUGCGCCGGGCCGGGAUCGUCGACGACCUCCGCGCCCAGGGGUUCAUGCCGGACGGGGUCUGCUGGCGGAAACUCGACGGCACGUACCUGGCGGGCUUGAAGAUGGGAGUCGAGGACGACCCGGACCGCAUGGUCUGCCUACCGCUGAACCGGCUGGGGAAGAUCCUCAUGGACCACAUCGGUCGGCAGCCCACGGCGACGGUGUCGUGGGGCCACAAAGUCGUGUCGGUCGGGCAGGACGAUCAGCGGGCCUGGGUCGUGUGCAAGACGCCCGAAGGCGAGAAGCGCCUCGAGGCCGAGUACAUCAUCGGGUGCGACGGGGCGAACAGUCAGGUGAGACGGUCCUUGUUCGGGGACAAGGAGUUCCCGGGCAAGACGUGGGACGAGCAGAUUGUCGCUACCAAUACAUACUACGACUUUGACAAGUUCGGCUGGCUCGACUCAAACUUCAUCAUCGACCCGGAACACUGGUACAUGGCUGCCAAAAUCGGCAAGGACGGCCUCUACCGCGUCACGUACGGCGAGAAGCCGGGCCUCACCAACGACCAGCUCCGCGAGAGACAGCCGUGGAAGUUUGAGGCGAUGCUGCCCGGGCAUCCGAAACCAGAUGAAUACCGGAUCGUCAACUUUAGCCCGUACCGCAUCCACCAGCGACUCGCGCCGAGUAUGCGCGUCGGGCGAUUCUGUCUGGCCGCGGACGCUGCGCACUUAUGCAACCCCUUCGGCGGGAUGGGCCUGACGGGCGGCAUCGUCGACAUCGGCGGCCUGUACGACUGCCUCGCCGGCAUCUACGCGGGUCUCGCCGACGAGUCGAUCCUGGACAAAUACUCGGAGAUUCGGCGCCAAAAGUACAACGAAGUCGUGAACCCCAUCUCGAGCGCCAACAUAGUACGCCUGUUCGGCCAGGAUCCCGACAAGGCGCUGGAGAACGACGAGUUUCUGAAAAUGUGUCAGCGCGCAGAGGCCGACGAGGAGUUUGCAAAGGUGUUCCGCAGCGGUGCGGAUGUACUGAAGCACGAUUUUACACAGUAUUAUCGCAAGGCGUCGACGAAUGGAGAUGUCGAGGGUGGUGGUGGCGGCGCGAAUGGACAUGUAGAUCUGGACAAGGACUUGGCCAGUUCAGUGAAAGUGGCGGCUGCAGGGGUGACAGAUUGA